GACAUUUAGUAGUUAGACGUGCUAGUCACGUAGAUUUUAGUUAAAAUUAUUGUUCGAUCUUCGCAUUUAUAUAUUUCUUAAUUCUUUUAAAAUUAGGAGACAUGGCCUUAGAACAGAAGAAAAUAGAUGUUACGCUGGAGGAAGCUUUGACCAUAGCAGGAACUGGCCGCUACACCUACUAUGUAGUGAUGGCUGUUGGCUUUACCCUUUUUGGGGGCAUGUUGAAUAUUCAGGCGUUGUCAACAGUUCUACCUGUUGCUGGAUGUGAUUUGCAACUAACAAGUUCUCAAAAGGGUACUCUGACAUCUAUAACAUUUGCAGGCAUGCUCUUGUCUGGACCAUUUUCUGGCUUCUUUUCUGAUGCAUUUGGAAGGGUACGCAUCACAUUUCUCGGGCAGUCUGUAAGCGUCUUCCUCAUGUUUCUCAACAGUUUCGCUCCUGACACAACAACUCUCAUCAUAAUGAACUUAAUCAAUGGGUUUGCGUUAACAGGGGCUAUCACUCCAGUCUAUGUACUCAUAAGUGAAUUUUGUCCCCAAGAUUGUCGGGCUAAAGCGCUCAUUAUUUGUUCAACUACUGCAACUUUAGCAAAUAUAUAUCUUCCAGGUAUGGCUUUAUUGAUAAUGCCAUUGAAUAUUGAAAUUCCUAUUUUUGGUCUUCUGACCUUUUCUUCAUGGCGGCUAUUUUUACUCUUGUCAACUAUACCUAAUAUUGUGGCACUAAUUCUUUUAUGGAAACUACCUGAGACUCCAAAGUUCCUUCUUGUCCAAGGUCAUUCAGAAAGAACAUUAGAGGUUCUGAAAACCAUUUAUGCUGUGAAUCAGAAAAAAAGAAAAGAUGAGUACCCAGUUGCAAAUGUAAUCUUGGACUCAUUGGAUAGAAGUUAUGAAUGUUUAAAAGAUGAAGGUAAUCCUGUUUGGAGCAUGGUAAAACAAAUGAUAUCUCGGACAAAAUUGUUAUUCAGCAGAACAUACAUUACUUAUACUUUAAUGUCAUGUAUUUUACUUUUCACCCAAAUUGGAAUGUAUAAUAUAUUUAUACUAUGGUUACCGGAGCAACUAAGCAGAAUGAAUCAAUACAUAGAAAUGAAUGGAGAGUACAAAGUGACCCUCUGUGAAAUUAUGAUGUCAACAAGCAGUCCUGUAGAAAAUAUAGAUGAUUGUAUUUUAAAAUUUGACUUCUUUUCUUAUGGUAUCAUCCUAGGAAUCCUACAGCUUUUUAUGGGCAUUAUGGUGAGCUUUUAUGCAGAAAGGAUCGGAAAAAAGUUAAUUUUGACUGGUUUCCUUUUCCUAUCAUCUGGAAUGAGCUUUUCUUUGUUAUUCUCAAACAUGCAAUAUCUUAUUAUCGCAGCGCUUAUAACUACAACUAUCUUCGUUUCUGUGACAUUUCCACUUACAGUGACGUUUAUGAUGGAUUUCUAUCCAACUUAUAUAAGGUCUACUGCCAGUGCUGUAGCAAUGAUAUUUGGAAGAUUGGGUGCAUCUGGUGGAAAUCAAAUAAUGGGAUUACUAUAUGACAACCAUUGUGAAAAAGCAUUUUAUGGAAUAUCUGCUAUUCUUGCAGCCACUGCCGCCAUGUGUUUAUUUGUUCUUCGAAAAAAAAGUUGAGAAUGGAGAGUGAAUAUAUAUCCAAGAAGAUGAACAAUCCAUUUUGAUAAAUCACUUUUGUAUAUAUAAACUUUUGUAUAUAUUUUUGCAUAACUGUAAAUAAUAUUUUGUUUUUGUAAUUAGUCAAUAUAGAACAAAAGAAUUAGUCUGCGUUUUAUUAUUCUGACAGUCAACAUUGUAUAUUAUUGUAAAUAAAAUAUUAAAGAAACGCCGAGUAUUUUGUUGUUCUCCUCAUUAAGAGAAAAUUUUAAUUUUAAUCAAAAUAUUGUGCUUUGUUUAAAUUUAUUAAAUAAAAUAUUGAUCAAAUUUCAACAUUCA